GACUCAUCCUCCGGGGGGAGAGAAGCGGCGCGGCGGCCAGAGGAGCGCUGAAGAUGGGGCUGGUGUUCGGUCUCCUGUGGCUGUUCACCGGCUUCCUGCAGGGCGCGCGCGGCCAGGGCGUGUACGCGCCCCCUACCGUGCGCUUCGUACACUCCGGUCACACCUGUAACGUGGAGGAGGAGCGCUACAGCGAGAAGGUCUACACCAUCAGGGAGGGGGAGACCCUGGAGCUGCAGUGCCUGGUCACAGGGCACCCCCACCCACAGGUCCGCUGGACUAAGACUGUGGGCGGAGCUUCGGACCUUCAGGGCGAAUCGACGCUGUUCAACGAAACCCUGAAGAUCUCAAACAUCAGCCGCCAUCAGGGGGGGCGGUACUACUGCAAGGCCGAGAACGGGCUGGGGUCGCCCGCCAUCCGGUCCAUACGGGUCGAUGUCUACUACCUGGAUCAGCCAAUUAUCACGGUGCACCAGAGUGUGGGCGAGGCCAAGGAGCAGUUCUACUCGGAGCGCACGGUGUUCCUGCGCUGCGUGGCCGCCUCCCACCCGCCGGUGCUCUACAGCUGGAGGCGGGGCCACGAGGCGCUGACGCAGGGCUCGGACGCCGGGGUGGAGAUCUACGAGCCCUUCUUCACCCAGGGGGAGACGAAGAUCUUGAAGCUGAAGAAUCUCCGUCCUCAGGACUACGCCGGCUACACCUGCAUCUCCUCCGUCAGGAGCGUCUGUGGCAUCGGAGACAAGAGCGCACACUUCAGUCUGAACAACCGCACAGCUCCUCCUUCCAUUAAGCUCCUCCUUGAAGACCCCCUGGUGGUGAACCCCGGGGAGACGAUCACUCUGAAGUGCGUGGCGUCGGGCGGAGACCCCGCCCCCUCCCUGGAGUGGGUCCGGCCUGGAGGGGCGGAGCUCCCCAAGAGGAGCGUGGUCAGCGGCGGCCUGCUAACCAUCCCGACCGUCACCGUGGACGACGGCGGCGCCUUCAGCUGCGUGGCGUCCAACAACGUGGGGAACCCGGCCCGGAAGUCCACCAGCAUCCUGGUCCGAGGUCUCCGUAAAGGUCGGUUCUGGAUCACGCCCGACCCGUACCACAACGACGACAACAUCCAGAUCGGCCGCGAGGUGAAGGUGAGCUGCCAGGUGGAGGCCACGCCCCCCGAGGAGCUGCAGUUCGUUUGGCUGAAGAACGGGCGCCCGGUGAAGAGCUCCGAGCGGAUGGUCAUCACGCACAGCGACACGGAGCUGCUGCCCGGCACCACGCACCUCGACAUCAUCGACCUCAAGUUCACCGACUUCGGGACGUACACCUGUGUGGCCUCGCUCAGGAACCACCGGGGAACACCGGAGAUCAGCAUCGACGUCAACAUCUCCUCCACGACGGUCCCCCCGAAGCUGUCCGUCCCUAGGGGGCGCUCUCACCUGGUGGCCCGGGAGGGCGACACGGUGGAGCUGCAGUGUCUGGUCUCAGGGAAACCCAAACCCAUCCUCCUGUGGUCCCGGGGGGAGGAGGGUGGUGCCACGGCGGCCGCGGCGCCGAUCCUGAUGCCGGACGGCUCGCCGCAGACGGAGAGCGCCGACGGCGUGCUGAGGAUCCACAACGUCACCAGAGACACCGGAGGAACCUACCGGUGCCGGACCAGCCAGUACAACGGGUUCAACGUGAAGCCCCGAGAGGCCCUGAUCCAGCUGGUGGUGCAUUACCCCCCCACCGUGGAGCCGGUGUUCACGGAGGUGCGCCAGGCCCUCAGCCGGGCCUUCAGCCUCACCUGCCAGCUGCUGCUCGCUCACCCGGCGCGCCUCCUGCGGUACGAGUGGAAGCUGGGCGCGCGCCUCCUCACCGUGGGCCAGUUCAGCGAGCAGCGGGACGAGACCAGCUACCUGGUCAAGGCCCUGAACCGAGAGGGCUACGGCGAGUACACCUGUGACAUCACCAACGAGGCCGGGGCGGGGCGCUGCACCUUCCUGGUCACAGGAAAGGCCUACGCUCCGGAGUUCUACUACGACACCGUGGGCGCCCUGUGGCAGAACCGGCCUCGGAUCUACGGCUUCCGGCUGCAGUGGACCCAGAUGGAGCCCGGCGCCGUGGACCGGAUCCUGGCCUACCGCCUGGGCAUCCGACAGAUGAGUCAGUCCCGCUGGUGGGAGCAGGAGAUCCCCAUGGAGGCCUCCGUCCAGAAGGGGGAGCUGUUGAGCUACAACCUGACGGAGCUCAUCAAGCCGGAGUCCUACCUGGUCCGCCUGACCCCCAUCACGCGCUACGGCGAGGGAGACGCCACUGAACGCAUCAUCACGUACAGCGCUCCUGUGAACCCUCAACUCAGGGAGUUCCAGUGUGGCUUCGAGGACGAGGCCUUGUGUCUCUUCUCUCAGGACAAGGCGGACGAGUUCGACUGGACUCAUCACAGCGCCAACAGACGAGACACCAAGUACACCCCGAACACCGGGCCGAGCGCCGACCACCACGGCUCUAAGCAGGGGUUCUACAUGUACAUCGAGACGUCGAGGCCGAGGCUGGAGGGAGACAAGGCCCGGCUGCUGUCCCCCACCUUCAACAUGAACCCCAAGACCUCCUCCUCUUCCUCCGUCACCUACUGCUUCUCCUUCUACUACCACAUGUACGGGAAACACGUGGGAGCCCUGAACGUGUUCCUGCGCCAGAGGGCUCCGGCGGUGACCGACACCUCCGUCUGGAGUCGCACCGGCAACCAGAGAGACCGCUGGCGGCAAGCCACGGUGAACAUCCACCCCACCGCCACCUUCCAGAUGGUGAUGGAGGGCGUCCGCGGCACCGGCAUCGAGGGAGACAUCGCCAUCGAUGAUGUCACCAUCAAGGAGGGCGAAUGUAAAGACCCCUCCCCCAACAAUCUGAGUUCUCUCUCCCCGCCUUCAUCUCUCCAUAUAUGGCAGCUGUGCGUCACUCUGAAUCUGGCUUUGAUUGGCUGGCAGAGGUGACCCCCCACCCCCUCCCUCCCUCUACGGGACACCACAACCUUUGACUCUUCUACAACCCCCCCCCCCCCCCCCCGCCAUCACCCCCUCCCCAACAACCAAAGAUGCGGUCAGACUUCCCUCCAACAGUCUCGUGAACAUCGAGCUGUUUCCAACUGCAUUCAGUCUUUAUGCAAACCUAAAAACAUGCUAAAGUUCACACAGAACUAUUUACGACUGUGUGAUGUCAUAAGCUUAGCUUAGCACCGCUCAAACCAAACUCCAUUCACAAUCACACAUAAAUAUGUAUUGUUGAUCCCGCUGCAGUGAACCGACAUCCUGAUGAGGUCAUGAACUCACCACGACGGCUUAGUCCUGGAGGUUCUUCACAAAGUCAACAAAGCAGAAACUAAGUUAUCAGAGAAUAUUGAAUGGUUUAUGCUAAGCUAAAGGCAUCCUAUGAGCUCAUGAAGCUUCCUGUUAAAUAUACUCUACGUCUGGUAUUAAACAUCCAAUCACCCGCUCCACGGGGGGGCUUUUAUUUUGAAGGACUUCCUCCUUCAAAUCCAGUCUCUCUAAUCCGGACAAGAACCCACAUGGAGGCUAAAGGUCACAUUGUGGCCCCGCCCUAAAGCAUCCCCUGCUCUAUGGUGGUCAGGAGAGAUAAUGCAUCUUCAACACAUGAAGCAAAGACCUCUAUACAACCAGAGGAGUCGCCCCCUGGUGGUCAGGAGAGAGAAUGCAGCUUUAACUCAUACAAAAUGCUGCUUCAGUCAUAAAAAAAGAGGAAAUAAACUCUUGAAUGUCAACUUUCAUAACCCCCCUACACACAAACCUCCAUCCCCAAUCUCUCUCUCCCUUCCUCCCUCUCUCUCUCUCUUGGGGGAGGUCUUCCUCUCUCUCUCUCUCUCUCUCUCUCUUGGGGGACGUCUCUCCCUCCCUCUCUCUUGGGGGAGGUCUCUCUGCAGGGGAUGAUAAACACUCUUUGAUGUGAGGAGGAAGGUUCUCCCUCGGCCACGACAUCAAGUGCCUUCAGACUCCCGGGAAAGGUCACGGGGUCACGGACCGCCGUCGCCACUGGAACCAGAACCAACAUUUAAACACAAGCGACGUGGUGACGUGGAAGGAGAGAAUAACGGAGGAAUAUUUCCUGAUUAUGCAGAGAAUUAGUUUCUUACUGAUUUUUUAAAAGAUAUUUGUGACAAAAAGGAUUCUGGGAAAUAGGAAGCCAGGAGUCGUUUCACACACAUUGGACGUUUCAAAAUAAGACUUCAUGUUCGGAAGACUUUCGGCCAAUGGGAUUCAAGCAUUUGGACUCUUGGAACUCUUUUUGAGGUUGUCGUCACGCCGAUGGAUUGUAAUAUAAAAUCUUAUAUUGUUCCUAUGAUAUUAUAUUGGGGGGGUAAUGUUUUAUUUUGAUUGUUUGGUUUAAUUCAGCUGAUCAAACAUUUAAGUAUUAAUUAAAGAAAAAAGCACAAAGAGACAAAUCAUUAGAUUCAGAUCUCAUGACUUUGUCCUGUCUUUACUGUGAAUAUUUAUUCUUUUUGUUUAACCGUCCAGGCCUCAUCGUGGUCCAACGGGCCUCAUCUCUCUUUGAGGAAAUGUGUUCAUUGGUUUGUUCCUCCAGAAUAAAGAUGAUUCAUGAUCUUAAAUGUUCAUUAGAGGAUCCAGAACUCCCAAUAAAUAUCAUUUUUAAUGUUCAGUGUAGUUUUUCCAGCAGCUGAUCAUCAUCGUGUGUUGAAACUCGUCUGCGUCACAUCAACAAUAAUAAUAUUUAAAUUGGCAGACGUCUCUUCCUGAGUAGAAGUUACAUCUCAUGACAAUAGAAUCUCCGGACGGGUCUCCAUGAAAAUGUCUUUAUUAAUAACAGUUCAUGCGUGUGGGGGCUGGACGUGUCUCCAGAACGUCUUCAUGUCUUCAUGUUGAGGAACAUCAGGAAGACGCUUCACUCCCACAUGGACUCUGGAAGGGACUUUAUUUCCCAGAAGCCCCGUCAACUCGACUGCUGCAGAAGCAUUGUGGGAAAAUAUCUUUGGAUGACUCGUCUCCAAAAACUUGAAACGGGCUGAUCUCAGCAAGAGACACACAGUUGAGUCACGAGGCUUUUCGUCGGGACGCAUUUCGAUACGUCGACAUUUCUAAUUUUUAUAAAAGAUUCUCAGACUGAAGGUGACGCUGCACUCUGGUUAUUAUUAUAAUAAAUACACUCCAAACUUUG